AUGUCAUUUUAUGAGCAGCGACUGGAUUACAUAUCCGCGCUCCCUCUAAAUCCAUUCAUCAUUUCCCAUUCGUUGGCACAAUCGUUUAACAUAUUACAGACUGUGAUCCGCAUCGAAGGGGAGCGAACUUCCGUCCAAAGCCCAAAAGCCUUCAAAGAGGCUAUUCCAGAGCCCUCAAAGCAUGAACGUCUCCCUGAUAUACGGGAUUUUAGGGUGGCUACAUCGUUGAAUCCAUUUCCCGUUAAGGACAACACCGUUCCUUUCUCGGAUGCUGCUGGUAUCGUUGCCAAGGUCGGUGACGGCGUCAGCAAGCUUGCUGUAAGAGAUCAUGUUGUGGGAACAUCUGAUCCUACCAACCUCUUCGGUCAGCAAUCGGAUUGGCUGAAUGGCCAAGGAGGCCCCGUUGAUGGCGUUCUCCAGUCCCCCCAAAGUUUCUCCGAGUGGUCGACUUUGGUCUGUACCGGUGUGACUGCUUGGAACGCCCUUUACGGUUCUGUCCCACUUAGACCGGGUCAAAUUGUGCUCUGUCAAGAAACUGGAGGUGUUGCCAUCACUGGACUGAUUCUGGCGAAGGCUGCUCGCGCUACCACGAUCGUGACAUCAUCCAGCGAUGAGAAGCUUGAAUUGGUGAAGUCUAAGUUUGGGGCUCAUUAUGGUAUUAGAUAUAAGAAGCACCCAGAAUGGUCCAAGGAGGUCAUGAGGCUGACCGAAGGAGAAGAACGCUCCGGAACUAUCGCAGAGAGCAUCAACUCGAUCAAAAUGGGUGGAAAUGUGUCUGUGAUCGGCUUCCUUUCUCAAGCGGAACAGUCCAAGAUGCCUGACGUUGCCAGCAUGGCACUUGCCAAGGCCGCCACUGUUCGAGGUAUCACUGUUGGUUCCACUCAGCUCCUUCAAGAUCUCGUCCGAUUUGUCGCUCGCAAGGGACUGCGUUUACCAGUUGAUAAGGAGUUCCCUUUUACACAGGAGGAUGUUGUGAAAGCCUAUGAAUAUGCUAUGUCGGGAUCACACAUCGGCAAAGUUUGUAUUAAGGUGGCUGAAUGA